AGGGAAGCGGAUAGAACCGUGAAUCGCUGCCUCUGGCUUUUAAUUCUUCUGCUGACAGGCGCUGCUCACUGGUUCUCCCUCUUUUGUCUAUUGCACGCAGCCCGCCCUCCCCACUAGCUUUCCCACUCCUCGGAUCCAGCCCUCGGGGCAUUCCAGCCGGUUUUCUGACCCCGCCGUGAGCUCACUCCUGCUCCCCGCGCGGGCCUCGCACGGAGGCGGUAACUAUGGAGAAUAUGGCGGAGGAGGAGGAGGAGGUGGCUCCAGCCCAGGUCCCGACCUCGGCCCCGGACUCGGCUCGGGUCCCAGCUCCGGCCCCGGACUCGGCUCCGACUCCAGCCCCAGCCCCUGCCCUGGCUCCGGCCCCGGCCCCGGCCCUGUCCCCGUCCCCAGCCUCUGCCCCUGACGAAGCUGAAAGCAAGAGACACAUCUCAAUUCAGAGGCAGCUUGCUGAUCUAGAGAAGUUAGCUUUUGUAACUGAAGGGGAUUUUGACUCUGCUAGUUCAUUGAACUCAGAUCAUCUUGAUGCAGGAAAUAAACAGGCUUGUCCAUUAUGUCCUAAGGAAAAAUUUAGAGCUUGUAAUAGCCAUAAGCUUCGUCGGCACCUUCAAAAUUUACAUUGGAAAGUGUCAGUUGAAUUUGAAGGUUACAGAAUGUGCAUCUGCCACUUACCUUGUCGACCAGUGAAACCGAAUAUUAUUGGAGAACAGAUAUCCAGUAAAAUGGGCGCCCAUUAUCAUUGUAUCAUUUGUUCAGCAACAAUCACCAGAAGGACUGACAUGCUAGGACAUGUUAGGCGCCAUGUGAAUAAAGGAGAGACUAAAUCCAGGUAUAUUGCUGCUUCUGCUGCUAAACCACCUACUGAAAUUUUGAAAGAGGUAGACACAGAUGUACAAGUUUGUCCUAAUUAUUCUGUACCACAGAAAACAGAUUCCUAUUUUAAUCCCAAAAUGAAACUAAAUCGGCAGCUAAUAUUCUGCACUUUGGCUGCUCUGGCUGAGGAGCGGAAACCUUUGGAAUGUCUGGAUGCCUUUGGAGCCACUGGGAUAAUGGGAUUACAAUGGGCAAAACAUCUUGGAAAUGCAGUCAAGGUUACCAUUAAUGACUUGAAUGAAAACUCUGUGACCUUGAUUCAGGAAAACUGCCAUUUAAACAAAUUGAAAGUGGUGGUGGACAGUAAGGAAAAAGAAGAGGGAGAUGACAUUCUUGAAGAAGGAGAGGGAAAGCUUGGUAAUAUUAAGGUGACCAAAAUGGAUGCCAAUGUACUGAUGCAUUUGAGAUCUUUUGAUUUCAUACACCUAGACCCUUUUGGAACAUCCGUGAACUAUCUAGAUUCUGCAUUCAGAAAUAUAAGAAACCUUGGCAUAGUAUCAGUGACUUCUACAGAUAUCAGUUCUUUAUAUGCCAAGGCACAACAUGUUGCCCGGCGACACUAUGGCUGUAACAUUGUCCGAACUGAAUAUUACAAGGAACUCGCAGCCAGAAUUGUUGUAGCGGCAGUGGCAAGAGCUGCAGCUCGAUGUAACAAAGGCAUAGAAGUACUAUUUGCAGUGGCUCUGGAACAUUUUGUCUUGGUCGUUGUGAGAGUUUUGAGGGGGCCUACUUCUGCAGAUGAAACAGCCAAGAAGAUACAGUAUCUGAUACAUUGUCAGUGGUGUGAAGAGAGAAUUUUUCAGAAGGAUGGUAAUAUGGUAGAAGAAAACCCGUAUAGACAGCUGCCCUGUAACUGUCAUGGAAGCAUGCCUGGAAAGACAGCAAUAGAACUUGGACCUCUAUGGUCAAGCUCCCUCUUCAAUACUGGAUUUCUCAAAAGAAUGCUAUUUGAAUCUCUUCACCAUGGUUUAGAUGACAUUCAGCCCCUAAUAAAGACAUUAAUCUUUGAGUCAGAGUGUACUCCUCAAAGUCAGUUUUCAGUUCAUUCACCUUCAAAUCUCACCAAGCAAGAAGAAUGUGGUAUAUCUAUUAAAACUACAGAUGAUACCACAACAGAUAAUUACAUUGCACAAGGAAAAAGAAAAUGUACUGAAACAAUCACAAAUUUAGCCAAGAAACAAAAGGCUGAUGCCAGUACUGAACAUCCUCCCUUUUAUUACAACAUCCACAGACACAGCAUUAAAGGGAUGAAUAUGCCAAAGUUAAAAAAGUUUCUGUGCUAUCUUUCUCAAGCAGGCUUUAGAGUAAGCCGAACUCAUUUUGACCCAAUGGGUGUUCGUACAGAUGCACCUCUGAUGCAGUUUAAAUCUAUCCUUUUAAAGUACAGUACCCCCACCUACACUGGAGGACAGUCAGAGGGCCAUGUCCAAUCUACAUCAGAAGAUACAGUAGCUGAAAGGGUUGAAAUGUCAGUGAAUGACAAAGCAGAAGCAAGCAAUUGCAGAAGAUGGUAAAAGUAGAGAAGUGUUUAUUCCCAUACAUCUUUAUAGAUCAUCUGUCUAAUACUUCUCCAUACCAACUGUAGUUCUUUUUUUAUUCUUUCAAUUCAGUGGUGUAAAAAUAAAAAAGUGCUGUUUUCAUUUUAAAA